AUGGGCGAGGGCAUCGACGCCGGGGGCGGCGCGGCGAGCCCAGCAGAGCGCCGCCCUCUGCAGCCGGGGCGGGCCCACCUGGCCUCCCGCGACGAGGUGGAUCGGCGGUCCCGGGAGCGCUCGGAGUCGGUCUCGACAGGAGGACCGAUCGGGAUCAGCGACCUCGAGUGCGAUUCCGCGGCGUCCUCAUCCGUCCGUGGACCUCCGGCCAGCGGCCGGUGCCGCCCCGUGGAGGGGGCGCCCCUGAAAGGGAGGCAGGCUCUGCAGCGUGUCGCGGCCGGCGGCAUGUGCGCAGGGCAGAUCGGCGCGGCCAUCCUCGCGGCCCUGGCUGCGCGCGACUCGCCCCUCGGUGAUUGCGUGAGGCGCCACCUCGCGGGCCAGCCAGGGCAGGGUGGGAAGCGGCAGCGGGAUGUCCUUCCGCUCCCUGUCCCGAGGGGCGAGGCCGCAGUCGAGGCAGCGCUUGAGCGGCUUCUGCGCGCCGGCGGUGUCAAGGAGGGCAGGCAGGGGCGCCCCGAGAGGGGGCGGUUGGUCGCGAUCGGAGCUUGGCAGAUACUUUGCAUCGUCGCCCUGAACUGGAUGUACAGCGCUGGUGGGAGGAUCUGCGGGCUCGACUGGUGCGGGCAUAGACCCACGGUCGCUCAGCUCGCGUCCCUCGCCCACAUUCGGGCCCAGUGCGAGGCCUUGGUGGACCGGGUCGACGAGGAGACCGGCAGGGCAUGCACCUCGCCCACGGUCGACUUUGUCUCCAUGCUGGCCCGGAAGCGGCUGAGCUACGGAGGCGACGAGGUCUCCCUCCCCGAGCCGCUCACUCUGGCGGAGCUUCUCCCCGGGCUCCCUGCUCGCGGUGAGGCCGCCUCGGUCGACCCCCUCGCCAUCGCGAGUGCGGAGGUCAGGGAGGCGCUGCUUCACCCUGAGCGCGUGUGCGACCCAGACGGGAUCUGCACCGCGCAGGCGGCGGCCAAGGUCCACGCCACCCCGCGCGAGUGGGCCUCCAUCGUCGCGGAGCUCUUGGCGGGCGUCCCGAUCCCGCCCGCCACUCGGGUGCUCCGGCUGAUCAUUAACAUGGUCCCGAGCAACCGCGUGCAGAGGGCAAUCGACGGCGACAUCGGGUUGCUCCCCGUGGGCGGGGAGCACCACGUGACGCUCCUCGCGGAUGGGGAGACGCUCCUGUGGAGCAGCGACGACAUCAAGGGCUGCUUCCACGUGUUUCGCCUUCCGUCAUGCUGGCGGCCUUGGAUGGCCCUCUCGGCGCCCGUCGACCCCCUCACGCUCGGGCGGGCCAAGGGCCCCAUGAUUUGGGUGGCGGUUGCAGUCGUUCCGAUGGGGUGGCUCUCUGCCGUGGGCAUCGUCCAACACUUGUCCAGGCAGAUCGUCCUGGGCGGCGCGCCGGGACAUAGGUCCCCCGCCGCCUCGGCCGAGCUCCGUCGCGGCGCAGCUUACCCUCUCCAGCUUCACCGCCUCCCCCGGGCGUGGUGGAAGGUCUACGUGGACAACGUGGAGUUUGGGGAGGUUGUCAGCGAGGCCGCCGCCCGUGACCUCGUGGGCCAGGUUUCGGUCGAGCAGUUGGCGGUCCGCGCUGCCCUCGAUCGCUGGGGCAUCCGGCGAAAUGAGACUAAAGUCGUCGAGCGUUCGCCGAUGGCCGUCAGCAUGGGGUCUGGCGUUGAUGGGCGUCUCGGUCGGGUCGCCCCCGCACUCCCCAAAUUGCUGCUGCACCUAGCCCUCGCAUGCUGGGUGCUGUCGCGGGCGGAUUGCGGCCCCCUCUGGGUGGCAGCGGCGGCCGGCAGGUGGUGUUUCGAUUUCGGCCACCGGCGUGCCGCGUUCGGCACCCUCGACGCGAUCUGGAAGGAGAUCGCCUCCUGGAAGGGCCGCCGGCCGGUCUCCAGGCGCGGGGGUGGCGAGUUGUACAUGGCCUGCGCCGUGGCUCCGCUCGUCUACACCGACCUCCGGGCCAAGCUGUUCCCUUGGCCGCUCGCCACAGACGCUUCCGAGUCUGGCGGUGGCACGUGCGUUGCCUGUGGCCUCACGGAGGCAGGGUGGGCUGCUGCGGCGUCGGCCGCUGGCCCCCUGUCCUCCCUGGCCCCCGCCGGGCUCAUCGCGUUCGAGUUCUUCGGAGGCGCUGGGGGCUGGCGGCAAGCCCACGACCGCAUUGGCGCCGCAGUGGUCCUCCGCGUCAUCUGCGAGAAGGAUCCGGCGGCGCGCGCUGUCUCUCGCCGGGCCUGGCCUGGCGGGAUCGAGUGGCCCGACAUCACCAAGGUCACCCGCGAGAUGGUCGCUGCUGUCCGGCGCGCGGCCCCUGGGGCGACUGGUAUUUCGGUUUCGUGGAGCUUGCCCUUCCAGGAUUUGUCCGAGCACCGAUCGGCAUUGCUGUGGGAGAUUCCCAGGGUGGCGCGGCUGCUGGAGCUCGAAUUCGGCAGUCUCCCUUGGGUCGACGUCGUCGAGAACGUCGCCAGCAUGACGGCCGAGUCGUGCACGCUGGUCUCCGAAGGGCUCGGCCGGCACCCUGUCCUCAUCGAUGCUGCGGGGAUUUCGCGAGCUCGCCGCCCCAGGCUCUUCUGGUGCAGCUUCCCCGUUGGCGACGGGUGCGGGCGGCGCGCCUCGCCGCUCUUCGACGUCAUCGAGCUCGAGGCGGAGGUGGAGCCCGCGGAGAUUUGGAUGCUCCCUGAUGGCUGCUGGGAUUUGGGGUCGUCUGCGAGGCUCCCGGCAUUCACCCGGGCCGUCCACAGAUUGGCGCCGCCCCCGGCCCCCGCGGGCCUGCGAGAGUGCAAGGCCCACGAGAGCGCGCGGUGGGCGGCGGACGAGUACCGUUUCUCCCCGUUCACCUACCGGGACGCCUGCACGUUGGCGUCGGCGGAGGGCGGCCGGCGCGUGCUGCAGGCGCCGGAGAGGGAAGUGCUCUUGGGGUUCUGGCCCGGGCACACAGAGCCCGCUCGGCCGAGCUCAGCGCGCUCCGACGACACCGCGAGGUGCGCCCUCCUUGGGGGCAGUCUUCACGUGGGCGUCGUCGCGUGGCUCCUCGGGCAGGGCCUUCAGGCGGCGGGCCUCAUCGAAGCCCCGCCCACGGCCCCCGAGAUCCAGCGAGCCUUCUGCAAGGAACUCGCUGCUCGAGCCCUCGGCGAAAGGCCUCGGACGGUGCUCCCCCUCUUAAGGGGCCGAGUCGCCGUGGCCCCGUGCGAGGGCUUGGAGGCCCCCGGGGCCAGCGGGCGGGCCUCCGCAGGCGCCCAGGGCGAUAGGGUAGAACAUGAGGACGAAAUUACCCUAUCGCCCCCCGCUUCCGCCGGGGCCUCCGCGAACGAGCUGUCGGCAGCGAGGGCAAUUGUUUAUGGCCUCCUGCGACAUGCCGAUCACCGCGGCUCGGACGUUCGGCUAGACAUAGGUCUGCCGUUCCGGGCCAAGGUGUGGCCUCGAGCCCCAAUUGCCUCAGACCGAUGGGCGUGGCAGACGGUGCUCGCCCAUGGCUGGAAGAGGCAAGGGCGGCACAUCAACGAAUUGGAGUUGCAGGAAGUGUUGGCGGCACUGAAAUGGUUCGCUCGGAGGGCGGAUCGCCACCACUCGCGCCUCGGCAUUCUCAUCGACUCCCAGGUGGUCCUCUCGGUGUGCGCGAAGGGGAGGUCCUCGUUGCGAAGGCUGAACCACCUGGUGCAGCGCAUAGACGCACAGAUUCUCGCAUGUAACCUCUACCCCUUCUACGGCUACGUGACCAGCAAGAUGAACCCUGCGGAUGCCCCCUCGCGACAGCGCGAGCGUGGGCGUCCGCCAGACCCCUCCGAGGAGGUUUGCGCAGCGCCCCCAGGUCGGCCUUCCGAGGCCCCGGGUAUGCUCGCUGUCCGACACGGGCGGCUGAGCGACCUGCCGGUGGCGCGCUCCAGACCAGUCGGCGGGGCAAUGCAG